UAUGGAAUCGAGUGAAACAGAUUUGCUGUCAGACGUUUCUCUUGGACCAAGGGAAGAACCUGUAGGAGGAAAUGAAGAACCGGAACCGACUAAGAAUCAGGAUAUUGUGUUAGACAAUUCAAGCUUUGAGUUGUUAUACGCUAUAAAGCCAUACCACAAACCUAAAAGUGUUAACCAAAUUGAAACUACAAUUGAAAACAAUCCAAGCUUUGGAACUGAAGCUAAUAAUUUGAAAAGUGAUCUCAUAAAAAGAAAGAUAGAGACCAAAGAAAACAAUGACGCCUUUAAAAAUGAAAAAAAUCUUAAAGUCUUUUACAAACAUAUACUAGAACAGUAUUCUAAGCCAAAGUUUAAAGCAAUAAAUGAAACGACAGACGAAGCAAAAAGUGAAAAUGAAGAAAAGUGUACAGUCAGUCUAAAACUAGUGAUUAUUUUAGUUCAAACAAAUAUUCUUUUGAUAAUCAUAACAAUUGGCUAUUUUUUUACGUACCCCUUUAUUCAAUAUUUGUCUGAGGAAAAAAUUAAUACUAGAGCAUUUCAUGUAUCAACUAUACCUUGUUUUAUUCGAGAGAAUAAUUCUUUGGAUGGUUGCUUGUAUAAAAGGCUCAGAAACUUUGGAGAAUCCAGCGAAGAAAAGAAUUUCUAUACUACUUUACCCAUUGAUUUAGAGACGGCUGAAAGGAAAUCCAUUGCAAAAAGUCGAAAAAAUAGAAAUCUCAGGCGUAAGAAAAAGAACAAUUUUAUUUCUUCCGUCAAUAACGAUGAACAAGUUCCUGAGGUCAACAGCUGA